AUGAAGGCCCGCAACACGUCUCGCUCUGGUGAAGUGGAGAAUCUUCUCCUGGAUUGUCGGCCGUCUUCGGCGUUGAGGUUCGCUGAAAUGGGGCAUACUCGCAAGAAGAGAAAACGGCAUAAGAAACGAACUUCACGGAAAGAGAGGCCAGAUAAUGAGGUCUCGACCUCGUCAUCAAGUGCUCGCCAGCACGAGGCGCAGGAUGACGAGGCAUCUGCAUCCGAUUCCGACUCGGACUACGCCAACAACCUGGACCUAAUUCAGGUGAACCUCAAACGCUCUCCCGCCCGUAUGGUUUACCUCGUCGACCACAUUCCACACGUGAAUCCUCCGCCAGACGUCGUUGCCAUCCAAGACCCUCCAUCAGAGUUCGCUUGGAUACCAUGUCCAGGCUACAACAUUGAGUAUCUCCCAGCAAGAGAGCUUUUGGAAAAAGACAACCCGAAAACGAUAGAAGACCCUAUUCCAGUCAAGCUUGUCGGAUUUUAUGUUACCCAGUCGAUCGAUCCAAGCGACUGGAGGAUCGAUUGGCGGGAACAUGAUAACGACCGCUAUAGCUCGGUAGCUUCCUUGUUUCUCAAUACAUCCUGCGGCGAGAUAACGAUUCAUAACGUCUACAACAACAAGCAAUCCAUCUCCAUGUCAAAAUUAUUGAUAGAGUCGGAUCAUCCUGUCACUGGCGAAAGUGCCAUAUUGGUUGGGGACUUCAACCUCCACUAUCCGGGAUGGGGUGGAGAUGGGGUUGCGCAAGUUGAGAAAGACGCCGAGAUUCUUCACCAGGCAACAAGCAUGGCAGGCAUGCGAUGCUUGUUGCCACCCGGCCUAAGGAGUUACUCACGGUCGGCUACCGACUCCGGCGAUUCCUCAACCACGAUUGACUUGGCCUUUGCCGGAUCUCCUUUGCGCCCAAUCGAGACAAGAAGCCACGCUUCAAACUGGGACAAAGCAAAUGAAAAGAAAUACUGCAAAGAAGCCAAAAAGCAAUCGCUCAUGAUCGGCUGCCCCACUAUCCGAACUGCAGCUCAGUUCCUAUCCUCCCAGUGGUUUUUUCUACUUGUUUGUGUACCCAUUCUUCAGGUCCAGUAG